AUGAAAAAAAAAUAGUAAGUUUUAAGUUGAAUAUUCGACGUUGCAACAGAAAUCGUCAGUGUUUUUAUUGAUUUUGUUGCAUUAAUGUACAUUUUUUAGUGACGACCUCCUGACAGUUACUUGUGUGGACAAAGUACUAAAUCAGGAGGAAAACAGGAAGCAAUCAGGACUUAAGUCAAGAGAGCUCAUUGAAAACGCAAGUGUAAGUUUUGAUUCUUAAAUUUUUAUAUUUGAUAGCAAAGUUUUAACUAUGAUUAUGAUAAUUGAACGUUUGAGUAACCUUUCCUUUUUAGAUUCCAGUGAUAAAAAUGGUAUUUGCGUCCGCCAACGGAGACCUAGAGGUAGACUUCACAACUAACAACUACCAUGGUGUCCGAAAUACAAGACUACUCAAUAGAUUUAGAAAUACAAAAAAACCUUACUCAAAGUAAGGUUUUUUUGUAUUUCAUAACAGUUUAAACAGUAAAAGAGAAAUAUAAUUCCAGAUCGUUUAACAUAAUUAAAAAUAUAUUGUAAAAAUUUUAGAAUCGACGCAAGAGUGGUCCAACUAAACGCUCUGAUUAAGCAGUGGGCCAAAAAGAACAAACUGCACGGCGGAAAAGAUAGAAGGUUCAACUCCUACAGUCCGGUUAUACUGGUGGUAUACUACCUGCAAAAAGGAGUUUCCCCGGCAAUUUUGCCCAACUUGAACGAGGAAGAAGAGUUAAGGACAGAACUCGGUGAAAUCGAAAACACGGACGAUUAUGUAAGGAAAUUAAACUAUGGUAAGUUUUAAAAAAUUUUCACAACCGUGUUUUGUCCUUCAUUUUUGUAAAAAUUUGUUUCUUACACUUAUUUUUAUAGAUUCUUCGAAGCAGAGAAUGUCCUUGCCGGAACUUCUGAUAGGAUUCAUGGCGUUCUAUGCCGUCUUCGAUUUUUCCGAGCGGCUAAUUGACAUAACGCGGAAUAACUCAUUAAACCGCAACGUCUUUAAGCCAGUCGGGUAUCGGGGCGGUAGGAUACAGCUGUUAAUCGCCUGUCCGGCUUAUGGGAACUGGCCAACAAGGAGCGUGAGUACAGAAUGCUACGAAGACUUCAGAAGUGCGCUGGACACAUUCAAUGAAUUUGUGUGGAAACAACUAGAUGGUAUUGAAGACAGUAAUGAGCAAUUUGAACUGUUUUCAAAACUUAUUGGAAUUGGUUAG